GCCGCCCCGAGGACGCGCGCUUUCCCUCGCCCCGAUUGACGUCACUAGCUGGAAUUCCUCCUCGCGGCAAAAGCGGAGACGCGCACGCGCGCCUCCAGAGACUCCACAGCCACAGCAAGCGAGCGAGUCGGCUAUCGGCUGCUCCGCUAGGCAGGGGGCGUGACGGACAGGUAGCGUUCUUUUUCAAAACCAAAACAAAAUAAAACCACACGCCAGUCGUAUAGUCGAUAUCUUCGCCUCAAGGCGGGUCAGAGCCCCCCCCUUCCCCCCUCCCCCCCUCUCCCGGGCAUGUGCAACCUCAAGACGUCCCUGCUUGCACUCGAGGCGUGAGUGUGGUUGGUGGCUUCGCUGUUCGAAUCUCUCCGACUGCCAAAAGCCUCCAUUUCUUGCUGCAAGCGUUCCAGGGACAGGGAAAAGAGAAGCUUGAAUUUCCAUGGAGGUGAGAAAUCCAACCACUGUCCCAAAGGAAAAUCAGAAUGAAGGAGAUAAUGCCUAAUAACAGUACAACAAGUAUAUCUCAAGCAAGAAAAGCAGUGGAGCAGUUAAAAAUGGAAGCAUAUCUGGAUAGGAUAAAGGUAUCCAAGGCAGCUGCUGAUUUAUUGGCAUAUUGUGAUGCUCAUAUGGGAGAAGAUCCCCUUAUUAUACCGGUGCCUGCAUCUGAAAAUCCCUUCCGGGAGAAGAAGCUCUUAUGUACUAUCCUAUGAUUCACUCUGCAAUUAAAAAUGUUAUCUGUGAAAAUACAUUACUGAUGGUGCAUGCUUUUCCUCAAGUUUUCUCCCAUGUAGUAAUUUAGUCUAAAAGUAAUCCUUUCUAGAACACAAUAUAUUCUAAGUUAAUACAUUUUAAGUGAAGGUUUUUAAUGUCAAUUUUUCUAUCAGUGGUAUGUGUUCAACAUUUCUAUUGUUCUCUAUUUGUGUUUUGUAAUAAAAGAAUCCUAUUUGUUGUUAAAUAUGUGAUAAUUAGAUUUUGUUGGUUAAAUUUCAUGAACUGUCUUUGGCUUGUUUGCACAGUAGACUAGCCAUAGCUUAUAUAAUAAUGGCUUAUGAAUUAACCAAAUUGCCUGACGGAACACACAGUGAAUCAUAAAUCAACCAUACAGGUUAGAUUUGCACAACACACUGAGUCACAAAUUGGCCAAUUGUCUUUUAGUCUGGUGUGUUGUGUGCCAACCCAGGCUGUCUUUCAGAGGGACUGAAAAACUAUGAUGAGCAAUACGCACCACCAAUUUCUUAACUAUUUUAUUUCCAUGUAAAAAGUGGAAUUUCAGAAGAGAAUGUGCUUGAUGAAUGUUUGAAUUAUGAAUAUUAAAGUUAAAUCAAAGCUUCCCAAUUAGCUGCCUUAUACCAAGUCAAACAAUUAGUCAACUUACUUGGAAUUAUCUGUACUGAUGGGCAGCACUUUCAGGUUUUGAACAGGAGCCUACUUAGGCCCAACUGAGAUGCCAAGGAUUUAAUUUAGCACUUUUAAAAUCUAAAACGUGUUCUUUACCAUUAAGAUGUUACUCUUCUUCUUUUUUGUACUGCAGUAUGCUAAUUGCAGCAGGUACUAGCACUACUAAUAAUCAUUCUAAUAAUAGUACCAGCACAUGAAAAACCUGCAGGCCAAAUAAAGACCAUACUGAUUUCAUUCCAUAGGUCAAACUGGCAUAGUGUGGAGUCCAGUUCAAAUAAAAUAUCAUUUCUUAAAAUUUAACACAUUAUCGUUCCUCUGGGUAGAUUCCCAUUUCAUACUAUAAACUAUGCAGCCUGCAGCAAAGGAUGUCAUCUUGAUAUGUUCCUUAAUAUUUCAAAUUAUAUACCUCUACCCUUUGUAAUAUGCUAAAUACAGAUUUCUAGUACAGUUGAGUGUGUACUAAGUAACAUAGAUUUCUAUAGUCUUUAUAUUGGCUCUUAUCUUUAAAAAAAAAAUCUCAAGUCUAUGCUGGUAAAAGCUUGUCUAAAAUCAAUUAUAUAGUUCAUUUGAUAUAUGUUGUAUGAUAAAAUGUACUGUUGAUCAUUCUCCUUACUUGAAUAUUUUAAUAAAAGUUACUUUUAAUUUGG